CACGUUUCCCAUCAGAAACAGGAUGAAUAUCCAAGAAAUCCAGCAAGAUCUCACUGGGAUUUCACAAAAUCCAUUCAAGUUUCCCGCGACCUAUUCUUUCCCACCCUUCUUCACACCCCAACCUAAUACAUCCACGCGCCAAUCCCAACUCCAAAAAUGGUCCUCCUUGAUCCAAGCCUGGUGUCGCCAUCAUCGCAUCUUCAAGCUCUCGCUGAUAGAGGCUGUGGAUAGCCCUCUGUUUCAUAAUGCUGUGCUACGGAAACGGGUCAGUCUAGCUGAAGCGAGGAAUAUACUGGAUUGGAUGACGAAGCCGGAAUACGCCGGCGACGGAGGACCAAGGGCGGAGUGGGAUAGCAAGAAUAAAACGGCGGCCUGGAUUUGGUGGAAGAGACCUGAGGAGUGGGCGGAGGUUAUUCUGGAUUGGGUUGAAGGAACGGGUCAGAAGAAUAUGGUGCUUACGGUGUAUGAGUUAGCGGAGGGCGAAGGGACUAGGUUACAAGAAUUCCACGGCAUGGACCCAGAGGUCAUGCUUAGGUCUUUAAAUGUCCUCGUCAAGCGCGGAAAGGCCCAGGUCUUUGGCAGUGAAGGCCAGGAAGGCGUCAAGUUCUUCUGAAAUCCAACGUGGACAUUCUCAACUUGCAUCUACAUCGAAUUCAUCGAUUCUGGGUAUUCCGAACAAGUCAAAACUAGACAAAAUGGGUCUCAAUCUAUCAGUCAUUCACAUGAAGAAAAAAUCCUGCAAAAAAAAGUGCAAAACAUGCGCCCGAACGAUGCAAGACGCUAUUUGAAC